AUGCCCCAUCUCACUCGACGCUUCACGCUGCUGCGUGCGCCGGAUGGGACGCUCCUCUCGCCCGACGCCAUGCGAGCUCACCUCCGAGCGCAGAGGGCCAGGGCCAGGGCCACCGGUGGCGCCAACGCUCCCAACGGCAUGGCCGCCCACCACUUUCUGACCGAAGAAGAGGAGAACGAGAUCAUCGACCAGCUGCGGCUCCAAGCCAAGGCCGAGGGCAGAGACUUUGAGGCCGACAAGUUUCGGGGUCCCGAGCUGUGGAGCAGCGGCUACGCUUCCGGAACAGACGGCUUCGGCUCGUGGGGCGGCUCGCAGUACAGCGCCGGCAGCAAUCUCCAGAGCAUCGCGGACAGCCUGGGCGACCUCACUCGGAGCACAUCUUCGAAGAGCCUCGAUGGCGACGUCAGCUACAACUCUCAACUCUCUUCUCCCUCGCGGCGCGGAGAAUCCGGCGGCGGUCUCUUUUCAGGGCGCAGCUCUGAGCGCGACAUGGCCUACUUCCGCACCUUGGACAAGGAGAGGAAGGAGCAUCGGCUCGAGGCCGUCAGCGAGGCCGCCGAUCCCGUCGAAGAGGACGACGAGCUCGCUCAGGCAGAGGGCGCAGCGAAGGCAGCCGGUCAGUCUGAGGCUGAACGACCUGGAGAGGGGUCGGACGAGCUCGCAGCCGCCGAGGAGCAGUCCGAGACGGAAGAGACGUCCUCGGCCGAGGCCGCGAUGCCAGGCGACUUUAUGGCCGCAGAACGUCGGGCUUCGCAGCAGAAGUUCGAGGGCUUCGAGCCGCCAGUCGCCUUGGACGACGUCGAGCAGGGCCCGGCAGCAAAGGGCUCGAGCUUCCUCUCCGUCCCCUCAUCGACACGAGCAGAAGCCGCCGCGCUCGACGCAGCCGGUGCUCGUCAGUCGAAGCUCCUGAGCAGCCUCUCGCCGGAGGCCUUCAAGAGGGUCUCUACUGCGCUGGAGGAGGUGUUUGGCAUCAUGGCCGCAGAGGGCAGCAUCAAGUCGGCCGGUAGCACUCCGGUCCGCUCGCACUUCGACCUCGAAAGGUCUUCGUCGCAGCAGUCAGAGCCCCGCGACGACCCCGAUGCGAUGGCGGCCACUGCAUCCGAUGCCGAAGCUCGCUCCCGACCGCAAGAUCGCGACGAGCCGGACCGCAACCGGCCGUCCGUGGACAGCGACGGAGGCUCUUUCACCUCGGCCGUCUCGCACCAUGGCAAGAACGCCUCGCCUCGAGACGGAGUGCGCGGUGCCUCCUUGCAAGCGCCGCAGGUAGAAGACCGACCCGCCCAGUCGUCCUUUGCGCAUCUCGAGGAUGUCCACAUCGAAGGUGGCGGGCUCGGCCUCGGUGCUCUUGACCUGGGACCCACGUUCCCCCUCGUGCCUGCUUCCGACAGCAACCUCACCAUCAAGGACAACGACGCAACUGGGGCAGCACCGAGGACUUCGACGCUGACAGCAAGGGACCGGGGCGAAGACACUACUCCUGUCGUCACUCCGACGGAUGCGUCCGGCGCCGUCGCAGAAGAUCGCCUCGCAAGCGCACUGCCGUACGCGGCAGCACCCUUCCCGCAAAGCCUCGAUUCGGGCCUCACGCGACAGGCGGAUUCCCUGUACGGAGCCGACCCAUCCGCCGGUUCAGCUUCGACUUCUCCCGCUGAAGCGCCCGGGGACUCGACGGUGAUCGCCGCUUCCGCAGCGACCGGCAUUGGGUCCGCAAUGACUUCGCUGGGAGAUGCUUGGUCUCCUCGCAGCGGCCUGCACAGUCGGAAGGCAUCCGUCGCUUCCGGUCAUUCGCGGAACGACUCUCUAGGCCGGAAGGAUUCGAGCAGAGGCUCGAGCCGCGUGCUGGAAGAGCAAAACUCGCUCAGCAACGUCCGGAAGCACUACCGCCAGCACAGCCGUUCUGCAACGGCCUCGUCCCAGGAUCACCUUGGCAUGUCGCCACGAUCCUCGGGCGUCGUGAGCCCGGUUCCGGUCCUGAGCCGCACGGCUCGAUCCCCAAACUACUUCCCGCCUCCAUCCGCUGGUGCCUCCAUGCAGAGCUACGCCGCUGGGUUCAAGCCCGCCUCGGCCGUCUCUCCCGCCGCCAUCGCAGCGGCCUCGGCGACCAGUCCCAAGGCACGAACGUUCGGCAGCAGCGGCAACGGCAGCCCGUACAACUCGUGGGCGGCCAGGACCCGCGACUCUGCUUCGACCCGCGAGAGCGAUGCCUCGCCCUACAUGCUGAGCGCCCCUGGCUUCUCGCCGGGGCUGGGUGUCGGUCCUGAGACAUCGACCGAAACAGGACCAACGAGCUACUAUCACGCGCCGGCGCCCGCGGGGACCGCCCGGGCCAGCCAUUCGCGCUCAGCCAGCAACACUCUUGAGUCGCAGCAAGUCGAUCCGUCCCCGCUGCUCGGCGCUGCGACCGUCUCCGCGGUCGGCGAAUCGACGGCGGCGGGGACGCUGCCGGACCCUUUGACGCGCGCAAGCAAUUCUGAAGGUGGCGAGCCUGCGGCGUUUCAGCGAUCGAGGCAGCGAGAGGUGGCCAUCAGCGUGGAUCCGACAGAGGCAUGGAAAGCUACGUACGCCAGCGACCUCGUCGCGAGCGCACAGCGUGCCCAGCCGACUCGGGACGACGGUCUCGAAGGAGCGAUCCCCGGGGCAGACACUCAGGUGGCCGAAGAUGAAGACCUGUGGGCCCAGAUGGACCAAGCUCUGUCCAGCGGAACGGGGCAGGAUGCGCGCCCGGUGUCAACGUUCCCACCUUCAGCGGCUGAAGAUCAUCUGGCGAACGCAGGCGUGACGCUCGACCAGCUGGCGACGUUCCAGGACCAGCUGGUCAAAUCCGCACAUGCGGGUCAAGCGCCUCCGCCUCCGCCUCUGCCGACGACACCGGCCAAUCAGACAGUGUCCGCCUUCAGUGCGCAGCCGGGACCGACGAGCCCGCUGUCCAUUUCGUCCUCGGCGUCCCGCGGAGGCAGUAUCGUGGGCGCCUCAGUCGAUUCUGCUCGCCUCGAGCGGGCUCGCGAGCGGGCUAGGGCCGCAGCCGAUCAGCGAUCACACGGAUACACGUCUUCACCGGGUCACGCCAGCCUCUACAGCCGCAUUGCCGAGCAGGCAUCGCCGCGGGUCCAACUUCCGUCCUUCGCUGCCAGCCCGGCCUCGUCGAGCGCCCACGGCUCCUCGCGCGCGAUGAAGAGCGAGGUUAUGUACGACGUGACCACGAGUCACCGCCCGACCUCGCCACCACCCGCGGCCGCCCGCCCCACGUCGACGGGCCUGCCGACCUUGAUGGACCUCAGCGCCUCCUUCGCGGGCCAAUCCGACCGGCAGUCGCUCUCUCUCGUGCAGGCCGUGGAGCAGGCGGGAACGUACUCGGCGAUGUCUUCGACGUCCGCGGAUCAAUCGCUGUGGCGCGAUCGCGAGUCGGUGCACCAUGGCUCGGAUGCCCUCGACCAUCAAAGCAUCGCGUCCGGCGCCCCGAUUCCUGAGGCACAGCAGGACCUGCACGUUCCUGCCUCCGAGGCCGACACCAGCGCCGACAAGUCCAUCGGCUAUGCGGAGGCCAUCGGCUUCGACCCCGCCGCCGCCACCAAUGAGAAUCUCGACAGGCAUCCUUACGGCCACUUUGGCAAUGGCACCCAUGCCGAAGCGAGCCAAGCUGGUGGGAUGCCGCGCAGCACAUCGCACAAUGUUCUCCAAGGCAACAGCAACAAUCUGCUCCGAAGCCCCGCCUCGCCGCAGACUGCAUGGUCGGAUCCGGGCGAGAACCGGCCCGACGACGCUUAUCUCCGUCCAGACAGGACGCAGCUCAUCGACGACGUCGCCGCGCAGGCCCGUGCUGCGACCAAAGCCCUCAAGGGCAUCGACGACGGAUCGGCCCCCACGCCACCCUUCCGCACCAAGUCGAUCGCGAGGAGGAAGUCUUUCCGCAAAGUCAGCAAGCAGAUUUCGUCGCCGCAGCUCAUCUCAACCACGCAAAGGAUGGAUCACGUCAUCAGCAUCCCUGGCCCGGAAAGAUCGGCGUCGAGCUCUCGCACUCCGAUCUGGAACAUGAUGUCGUCAAACGACGGCGGAUCGAUCCCCGAUGUGCCCCCGCUGCCGGCCAUGGGCGGACGGCCGGCAGGAGCCGGGCAUCGUCGACGCUCGAGUUCCUUUGGCAAUUCAGCUCACGGCGAGGGAGGCGAAUGGGCGCAGCAGCAGCAGCAGCAGCAACGUUCCGCGACGGGCCAUCCCGCUCCUCCCGAUGUGACGUUCAUGGGCGCCUCGCCCACGGCCAGCCCUCGACCCGAAAGCGCUGGGCAACGACAUGGCCAGAGUCUGUCCGCAUCCAGGAGCACGAGCAACAACAGCGCGGGCGGUGGUCUUUCGCGAUUCAUGUCCAAGAUUCGCUCUCGCAAGACGUCAGAAGUCGCCGCCACGAUCGAGCCUUUCCCGACCAGUCCGUCAAACAGCAGCUUCGGCCACAGCAAGUCGACGACGGCCCUGCCGAUCGUCUCGCCCCAGACGCAACCGAACAGGUCACCGACGUCCUGGAAGUCACCCGAGCCCAGGCACGACAGCCUACGCUCGCCCAGCUUGCGCAGCAAGCAGAGCUUCCUGUCACCAACCUCGCCCAACCAGCCGCUGCCCCGCAUCGACUCGACGUCCAUGCCCAAUCGCUCUGGCAAAAAGUACAGGACCCCGAUCGUGCUCAAGCCCGAGUCGGAAGUCUUCAUGGCCGGCGAGUCAGAGCCCAUCAGGUCGGCAGCCGCCAGCGAGCAGACUUUUGGCAACAGCCCAUCUGGCGGCAACACAGGCCCACCGACCGAGGCCGAACCGACAGCCGAGGCUCCCCGAGAAGGUGUGCCCGGAGACCGGCAACCCCAGGGCAUGCCCGAGUCUCUCUCCGCCUCGUCGAUGCCCAUCCAGGACCGCUGGGAGGCCGAUGCCGUCGCCGCCGCAGCCUUUGCGGACAAGCAGGCCAGUAGCGACGAGCGAGGCUCCGAAGAGCCGGCGCAUGCUCCGCCCGUCGCCGUCGCUCAGCCUGUGCUCGAGCCUGCUCCCAGACUCGAGAUUGCCAGCCCCGUCCCCGUAGAGCCCAGCUCAACGGACUCGUCCGCCGCAAGGACCUCCCCCCGCCCCAACGCCGACAGCAGGCGCAAGGCUGACCAGCGCAAGUCUCUCCGGGACACAAUCGUGCGCCGCACCAUCAUCAUCCCCACCGACUUCAACUUCGAGGACCGGAGAAAGUCGACCAUGUCGACGGCCUCGAGGCGGAAAUCCAAGAAGCCUGCGCCUUUCCUCCCCGACGAGAUGCCCUGGAACACGGCGAUGACGCCUUCGAGCUCCUCGCUCGGCCUCGCCCGCGCCGACGAGUCGAUGGCGUCCAAGGACUCGGGCACCUCGUUCGGCACCGCCGUCCCGCAGCCUUCUUCGGUCGGCCGGACCUCGACGCCUCCCGUCAACGCCUCGAACGGUGCCAGCGGGACGAGCGGCGAUCUGCCGACCCUGCCCUCGUCGACCUCGGUCGGCAUGGCGACGCUCAACUCUCAGCAGAGCCUCAUGCCUGCCUCGGCGUCCGCCGGGUUCGGCAAGGCCACGCAGCGCCAGUCGCAGUUCAACAGCUCGUACGCCGGAAGCCUGUACGACAUGUACAUCGGCGGCGACGAUGGCAGCGAGGGCAACGCCCUCUCUGAGGACGGCCGAUCGCGAAGCUCUCGCAUGCUGCUCGGUGGGCCCGGCGACCGCACUUCGAGGAUGCCCGAGCCACGUCGACACAUCGAGGUCACUGAGCGCGCCGACGGCAGCGUCGUGUGGCAGGUCGUGGCCGGCCUGGCCGACCGCGGCAGCGUCUACAGCGACUACGAGAGCCGGCACAGCCGGUCGAGCAGCAACGGCUUCCUCCCGCGCGACCGCGACAGCCUGCUGAUGCCCGACUUUAACAACCGCGACUCGAUGAUCAGCGAAAACUACGACGAGUUCGAGGCGAGCCGGACGCCGGCGGGCCUCACGAACGAGGACUCGCGCAGCUUCUUUGCCCGGCCUCGCGGCCACCGCAAGUCGUUCUCGUUCGAUGCGGCCGAGGCGCCGCCGAUGCCCAAUCUGCCGCCGACUCUGCGGCCGCCGUCGACCUACGCCAAUGGCGGCGGCGUCGACGGCGGUGCUGGCAGCACCACGGUGGACAGCGCGAUGUCGUCGUCGCGCGACACGGCGCGCUCGGGCAGCCAGGCCGUGUUUGAGAUGGCCACGUCGCCGUCGCAGCUCGACGACCGCGACGAGGCCAUCAGCCCCACGCGCAUCGUCUACCACAACGACGCCCAGCUCGCCUCGCUCCUCGACCUACUGGCGCGCGGCAAGGACUCGGCCAAGUUCGAGUUCCAGGCCAUGGACCACGCCGGCGGCGGCGGCGGCGGCGGCGGUGCUUCGCGGCCCGCCAGCACGUGGACAAAGGGCGAAGGGAUCGAAGCGCUCGACGCUGCCGACCUCGAGAGCCACCGGAGUCGCGUCGAGGCCGAGAUCUACACGCUGCUGAACCAGCAGGCGGCCGGAGCUUCGCAGAGAUGA